GAAUCUGUCUUUUUUUUCAGAAUUGCAAAGACAACACGGAAGGGAACAUGUGUGAAAGGUGUAAGACUGGCUUCACCGGUGACGCCUCCAAAGGAACACCAAACGACUGCAAACCCACUCAGUGCCGCUGCAACAAACACUCUGACACCUGUCCGGACGGCGUGUGCAAGGAUUGCCAGCACCACACGACCGGAGCGUACUGUGAGAUCUGUCAGCCUGGCUACUACGGCAUGGCGACGGGACAGACUCCUGACGACUGCAAGAAGUGCCCCUGCCCUCCUCGGACGGUGAUGUGUGUAGAAGUGCCCGGGGAAGCCCAGCCGAAGUGCUUGGGCUGUGAGGACGGCUACACAGGAGACAAGUGUGAGGAAUGCGACGCAGUGAACGGGUUUGAGGCUCUGAAUGGGGGUCCCACGGCGCCAACCGGCUGUUGCGUCAGGAAGGGCGUGUCCAGCUGCCCCUCCGGCUAGCCUCAAGCUUCACUGUGCGAUCAGCUUUGUGGUUAUGCGACUGAAGUGUGUUGAUUUUACACAGGACAAUUUUUUAAGACAUUGUGAUUUAAGAUAUCAUUAGGAUUAAAAUGCAUUAUACAUGAUGAUUAAAAUGUGAUAACAGCAGUAAUAACGUUUUUGCGGGCAUCGCAAACGAAUGAACGAUAGUGGGACCUUUCUGUGUCUGUUUGAUCACCUCCCGCUCAGCAACAUCGAGAUAAAGAAGCUAGGAAUAUCGGUACAUAUGAUAGACCUGUAGUCUUCAAACCCUGUGCAAGUCAAGCCUGUACAAGCGGCUAGCUCUACAUAAGGACCACCUGACCAACGUGACCACGUUUUGGUGGUCUUUUCCGUUGACUCAAACACUACGAACCCUACGCUGUUUUUAAAAUACUACGCUGGUUAAGUACUAAAUCAUUGAACAUAAUCAAAUGGUGUGUAGAAUUUAUUUGAAGAUUGUUUAUUUAUCCUGUCUCAAUACAUUGUCUAAUCAACACGUUAUUCUAACAUCAUUUGCAUUGUAUUACCGAUUAAAAGUCAAUGUCUUCAUUGCGAAA